AUGGCGCUCUGUUUUAUUCAUCUAAUAGAGGCUGCUGCCCUUAUACUAAAUGCCAUGGGUAUAUUAAAUGAAAGGAGAGUACUAAGACCACUUGGAUUGGAUAAACCAAACUCUACAAGCAAUAUAAAGAACCAAUUGUCUCUCCUAUUCCACUCAUACAAGUGGUCAAUGAAAAAGCGAGAAUUAGCUUCGACAUCAAAGGCUAACCCUGGUUCUGUUGAAGAAGCGGACCAUGUACCCGGUUAUAACUCUAGCACAACUAAAAAUGAAAUAUGGAUCAUACACAAGGUAUUAUCUUUAAUAAGUGGUUAUGACGCUAGACCAUUGUUUGUACCGUUAGUGUCUGGAAAAAGGGCAUCCCUAGGUGUAUUUCCUGAAAUAAUAACAGUUUCGCCAUCGGUAAAUAGCCCACAUGUCUCUCCUUCUGCUAUUAGAUCGUUGCUACUACAUAUUUCUCGCCUUGGAUCUGCUAUCCAUCUCUUGUUCAAACUGGAAAAUGCUCUGAAUACCACAGACGAUCUGUCUCAAGCGUCCAUAAACAGAAAGCCCUUUCCUCAUACACUAAAUAUUUUGAUAUCCAACUAUGGGAAUGAGUUUAAAGGUGAACCAAAAGGAACGAACUAUGAUAUAGCAUAUGACUGGAAUUGGAAUGAGGAUUUUGGUGGAUUUUGCAGUGUCCUAAAAAUGCUUCUAGAUGAUUGGCGCUUUAUAAUGUUUGACAUACAAAAAAACUACUUUAAAAAGUUAAAAAAGGAGUUUGGGGAAACUAAUGGUGAUAAAAAUAACGUAAUUACAAACAAAUUUAUGCCAGAAAGAAAAUAUGAUGCGGACUCGUUGAAAUCACCACUGAUGGAUUUGUAUGACUUUAAUCUCUUCAGAAGUGAAGAUGAUUCUAACAAUGAAAAAAUUGAAAGUGAAAAUGUAGGAGUAUAUCAUUUGUGUAUUAAACUAAUGUCAUAUAUGCCAAUUUUUGGAUCGUUGGCGAACCUUAUGGAACUUUUUUUAAACUCUAUGGCUUUAAAGGAAUACAGAAAGUCAGACAUGUGCAAUGUUAUGAUAAAUCUGUUAUUGUUACUAUUGAGAGAUUCAGAAGCGUCUAAGAACAAAAACUGCACAAAUCUAUAUAAAUUUUUGUUAUUUAACACGAUGAAAAAUUCAAAAGGUAGUAUUUCUAAUUAUCUUGGAUCUUCUAUAUUCAAAUCAUUCAAUGGUAGCAUAGAAAAAAUGAUGAAAAUAACAAACACAAUAGAUAUUAUCAAUCCUACUAAGAACAGAAAUGAAACUCAUUGGCCUCAACAUCUCUACCUACCAGAAAAUCUAGCAUCACUUUGCAGUUACGACGUUGAACAUACUGAACUGAAAUUACUCGAACGUUUGGACUUCCAAUUCCAGCUAAAUAUUAAGGUUGGAUCGAAUUUUAUUAAGAACAUUCUAGACGGAAAAUUUUAUUUCAACCACUAUUUAUAUGUGCUAAAUGGAAUUGUGUCCUUACAAUUUGGGGAUUUUGCUGAAUCCCUCACAGAACACUUGCGUAGUGGAUCUUGUGGCAUACAAGAACAUGAACAGACUACUGAGAUCCUAUAUAGUGCCAUAUCUGACUGGAUAAAACAUAAUAGUUUCUGUACACUAUCAGGUAUUUCAAUAUCCACCCUCUCUGAAAUAAUAUCUUCACUUCACUUUGAAAUGGAACCUCAAAUCACAAACUCAAGAGGUUAUAUUCAGCACAUAACGAUUAAAAUUGUCAAAGAUGGUCCUAUAACUAUGUUUUUGACCACUGAGAGCAUGAAGAUGUAUUCGGAUAUCUUCAUGCACUUUAUAAGAUAUACAAACUUCAAGAAUGACGUAUACUGCAUUUUAUUAAAAUCAAAGGCGCUGUCUGAUGAAAUGUUUAGAAAAUAUCUUUGUAAAGUAUCAUUAUUGUUGAUUCAUUUGAUCCACUGCUUCAGUACUUAUUUCUCGUGGGUUAUAAAUAAGUCAUGGAAUAUGAUACAUGACAUUGAAUACGGUAUAAGUAUAGAAGAAAUGAGAAUGAAACAUCGUAACUAUCUGCUAUUUUUAACCCAGGCUCUGUUUAUACCUGUUGAUUGCACUGAUCCAAUUUACACACUUUGCAGGCUAAACGAGUUGGUUACAAAUCCAAUUACAGAAAUAUUUAAUAUUCCACAAAUGGUUCUUUCUGUACUCGAAUCCGGCAAUGAUAUCGAUGAUAUCCGUAUAGUCUAUGAAAAUCUAGCAAAUUCAGUAAAUGUGUUAAAGGGAGUAUUUGAAUCAAGAAUCACAGACAGUAUUCUGGAUUUAGGGAAUUAUCAUCCACUUAACAAUGAUUCCAGAAGUGAUACUGAUGCAAAACCAUCAAUAUGUAAUAUCGUCGCCAUCUUUCGCAACCUGCUUUGCUUCAAUGAUAGGGAAAACGCUAGGGUUUUAUCAUUUUGAAAGUAUUGAUUUAAUUUAAUUUUCU